UUACCGGCUGUGGUCCGGCCGACGGACGACGCCCGGGCGAGCAGGACCGGGAGCCGGACUCUACCGGAGCGUUCGCGCUGUUAGAACCCGCAACACAAAGAGCGCGAGAGCACCGGAGCGUUCCGCGUGCAGCCCGGUGUGCUCGCUCCCGGCUCUGCCCAAACAUGGGCUUUCCUCCCCGCCAUAUUUGGGAACGUACGUCACGCAGGAGUCUUUAUAAAGCCGGGGAUCCUCAUUGAAGAAGUGACAGAGCUCAAGUUCAAGUUCUCACCGUCCGCACGUGGAAACACCAACCGGAAACACACAUCUGAUGUUGAUCACUUUCUCUGAUGACACAAAGAUCCUAAAAUAAGAUCUGAGACCCCGGAACCUGGACCCGAACACCCUCCAGCGUUGGAUUCCUCCGAGCACCACCGCCCUGAGCAGCAGCAGCAGCCCGUGCAGAGCGCCUCUCCGCCGGGCUCAGCAGCGCAGAGCGGCUCGGUGCUCCCGCAGGAACAGUCCGGUACUCCGCGGCUCCAGCAGCGGCUGAGCUCCGCACCCACCGCCGCUUCUCCCUCUCCUUCCUCCAGAGACAUGGCAGCGACCAAAGCGGAACUGCUCCUGUCCGCCCUGCAGCUCUCCGACCCUCUGGCCGGCCUCCCGCAGCCUCUCUCCCCGCUGGACGGGUACUCGAAGCUGGAGGAGCUGCAGAUGCUGCUGCAGAACGCCGCGGCCGGAGGUUCGCUGCUGGCCGCGUCUGCGGCGGAGGCGGCCGGGCUGCUGAGCGCGGAGCCCGGAGAGUACGGAGAUUGUCUGUCGGAGCUCCCGGACCUGCAGAGUCUCCCUCCCCUCACCCCCCGCCUCCCCCCUCUGGCCUACAGCGGCCGCUUCACCUUCGAGCCGGCGGCCUCCGGCGGUGGCGGUGGCUUGUGGGCGGAGCCUCUCCUCAGCCUGUUCACGGGGUUGGUCAGCAUGGCGGCCCCGGCAUCCUCAUCAGUGACAUCAUCAGUGACGUCCCAGCCGAGCUUCAGCUCCGUCCAGAUCAGCUGCGGCGACGUCACCUCAGUCUUCUCUGCGACGCCGACGUACACCACCGCCGCUGGCUCCGACCUCACUGUCGCCCCCGCCGACCCCCAGCCCGCCUUCCAGCCUCAGGGCCCCCCACCCGCCUACCCCGCCUCCAGACUCGGCCUCCAGCCGUCCUCCCUGGUGGUGCCGAUGCUCCCAGACUACCUCCUGCCGCAGCAGCAGGACGGCGAGCUGGGCCUGACCCAGGACCAGAAGCCGGUGAUGUCACAGAGCCUGAACUCAUCGCAGCCUCCGCUCACGCCGCUCUCCACCAUCAAAGCCUUCUCCUCGCAGAUCCAGGCACAGCCUCAGGGCUCCGCCUCUGGCCCCGCCUUCCAGGCCCUGCUCACCAAAUCUAGCCGGAACAGGAAGUCUCCCGCGGGCCGGCAGUGCAAGACGCCGCCGCACGAGCGCCCGUACGCCUGCCCCGCUGACGGCUGUGACCGCCGUUUCUCCCGCUCAGACGAGCUGACGCGCCACGUGCGUGUGCACACGGGCCAGAAGCCGUUCCAGUGCCGCAUCUGCAUGCGGAGCUUCAGCCGCAGCGACCACCUGACCACGCACAUCCGCACGCACACCGGCGAGAAGCCGUUCGCCUGCGCCGAGUGCGGGCGCAAGUUCGCUCGCAGCGAUGAACGAAAGAGGCACGGCAAGAUCCACCAGAGGCAGCGGGACCGCAGGACCGACAGCUCCUCCUCCUCCUCCUCCUCUGCUCCCAUCGCCAUCAGCACGCCACCCGCCUACUGCUCCCCCCCCACUUCCUGCUCUUCCUCCCCCGCUCACAGCUCCUCCUCCUCCUCCUCCUCCUCCUCCUUCUCCUCCCUCAGCAUGCAGGCCGCCUCCCCCUGCUUCACCUCGUCACUGUCGCACGUCUACACCUCCUCGCCGUCCCCCCACUUCUACUCCUCCUCCUGCUCCUCGCCGAUGGGGAGUCCUCAGUCGGAGCUCGCCUCCCCGCACAGCGCCAACAUCUGCUGACAGACAGGAAGUCCUGUCCCCUCGUGACCUUUGACCUCAGACUGAAUCCCGUCUGACCGUCCACACGGACACCAAACUGGAGAUAAGGGCUUAGCGACGAGGUCAAAGGUCAAGGUGAGGAGCGUUUCUCUGGUGGCGCAGGUGAAACACCUCGAUGUGUCAGACUCAUUCAGUUUGAGCCUUCUCAGCCACCGUAGUUGUGUCACUUUCUGGACAUGAACUUUGACCUUUAGCAGUGGAAUAAAAACUCUCAGGACCAAACUUCAUAGAGAAAACUGCUAAAUUAAGGAGACUUCAAACUCUGUGGCUGUGAAGACUUUCUUUUAUGAACGAGUGUAAAUAGUUUGUAAGUGUACAUAAUGUGUACUUGUAGUAUAAUGUACAUACUUUUAUAGUUUUCUGCCUACUGCGUAGGUUCUGGGACGUUUGUCUGUUUACAUGCAGGUCAGUGUCGGGUUUUAUACUGUUUCCUCUUUAAGGAGCUGCAACAAUAAAAACUCAAACUCA